AUGACAAAUGAAAACACAAAUGUUGCUGAGCGGCUUAAGGUCGGCCCGCGUGAAAAUGUCACUUAUCCAAUAGUCAUGAAAUAUUGCGGGCACUGCAGCAUGCCAAUAGAGUAUUGCGAAUACUAUCCCGAAUACGACAAAUGCAAGGAUUGGUUGGAACGUAAUCUGCCCGAUGAUUUCGAGCGACUGAAAAUCGAGGAAGAGCAGGCAGCAGCUGAUGGCACAGACGAUGACAAGAAGCGACAGAAGCGGGGCGGCAAAGGUCUGCUGCGAGUUAAAAAGAAGGAAGAUGUCCCCAAACGCAUUUGUGUAUCACGUGCUGCCCGCGGCAAAAAGAAGUCUGUGACAGUGGUUACCGGACUAAGUACCUUUGAUAUCGACCUUAAAGUGGCUGCCAAGUUUUUCGGUACGAAAUUUGCCUGUGGAUCGUCAGUGACUGGCGAUGAUGAAAUUGUCAUUCAGGGCGAUGUCAAGGAUGAGUUGUUUGAUGUUAUUCCCGAUAAGUGGGCCGAGAUUGAUGAAGAUGUCAUCGAGGAUUUAGGCGAUCAGAAACGUUAAUCGGGAAGUUAAUAGCCAGUAGUCAUUUUUGUCCUGCUCAAAAAGUGUGCUUAUUUUAUACGCAUAUUACAUCA